AUGUCAAUCAUUCUUGCUCCUUUCGACUCUCAAUCUGUCUUCUCACCACAGUCUUUCAUUCGUAAUACCUACACCUCACAGAUUUGUGUCUUCCCGUAUGUUCUGUUGUUAGAUACUUUUGCCAAGCUCAAGAUCGCAGCGGGACGUGUACGGACAGACAGAGAGGCAGGAGCACCAAAUGUCUCGAGGGCCGCAGGGCAGGUGCAGAUGCAGCAGCAGCUGCUGCAUGUGGUGGAGCUUUGGCCUGAGUGGGGCGAUCCCAAGCUCGGGCUCUCGCCUGUGCCACAUCCCCACCCGAAUGCACCCAAAGACAGAGAGCUUCUUCCCAGUGGUCCAAUUUUCCACUGUCAUUUUGGGCAGUUCCGCAUCGAUUCCUCUUGCUGCAUCGAAAUAAUGUCAAUACACUCGCAGCUACGCAAUAGUUAUCGAAACAAGUGGUAA